CUUCGAGAACUUGAAGCGAUCACAGCUGGCGGUACAAGACGCAAAAAAAGUGAAAAUUAAAAUCAGAAAAUAAAACGCAUAUUGGAAUUGGCGAUAAGCCCUUUUUAGGUGUUAUCACUGAGCACAAUUCUUUAACGGAAACCCGCUCGACAUAUUAACAAAUAUCCUGGCCAUGUUGUGGCGUUGUUUGUUGCUGCUUUUGCUAAUCGUGGGCGGAGUAAACUGCAAUGCCAAUUCCAAUCACACCAUCGAUUAUGAAGAGUCCACGCUGCGUAUACUUGAUGUGGCCACACAGCGAAUGCGUUCAAUUUGGGAAAUGCGCAAGCGCAUCUUUCUGCAACUCACAUCGAAGGGAAAAUCUCCGCUGGGAGGACAGGCGCCCAGCAAACAGGAGGUGGAAAUGGAAACCUAUAGAUUAGUUUAUGAGCUGGCUGCCAAUUUGAGUGUUGUGCCCGUUGAGCAACUGCGAGAUCUGAAGCUGCGACGUCGCGUUCAACGUCUGGCCAAGUUGCAGUUGCAGGGAUUACGACCGGAACAAUAUGAGCAAUCCAAGGAUUUAUUGAGAGCCAUGCAGAACUUUAUAAGCGGCUCGCUGGUCUGCACUCAUGAGGAUUGCUCGGCUCGACGACCCACGGCCAUGUAUCCACAGCUCUACAAUCAGAAUAUGCGAACCAAACGAUAUGAGGAUCUCUCCUUUAACUGGUACAGUUGGCGCAGUGCCAUCAAUGACAAGGAUACGGCAAGAUCCACAUUCAUUGACUAUGUGCGUUUGCUGAGAAUUGCGGCUACUUACAAUGGACAUGUGACGCCCUCACGCACCUGGUAUCUCUACUAUGACACGGAGAACUUUCAGGCCGAGAUGGAAUCGGUUAUCUGGGAGAUAAUGCCACUAUAUCGGGAAUUGCACGCCUAUUUAAGGCACUCGGCUAUCCAGGCUUAUCCCAAGGCCGACUUCAAGGACGAUGGCGCCAUUUCGGCACCAGUAUUGGAUCAGAUGCUAUCACAGGCCUGGUAUCCGCAUCAGAUCUUUCCAUCGCCCUUUCCCAAGGAUCAAUUGCCUUCGGUGCAUCAUCGUCUGGAAGAGGUGCUUGUUACCCCUGUGAAGAUUAAUAAGAAAGCCGCCGAGUUCUUUGAGAGCUUGGGACUUAAUAAAAUGACCGAAGGUUUCUAUGAGCGCUAUUCACGCCGCAUGAAUGAUGACGAAGGUGGUCCGGAUUGCAAGUCGCAGGUUUAUUACUUUCCACCGGAGGUGGCACUGCGUUAUUGCCCCAAACUGGACUAUAAGAAGAUGAUGCAGAUUCAUGGCACAAUGGCGGAAUUGCAGUACAAUAUCUAUAAGAAGGAGCUGGCAUUUGGGCUGGACACUGAACCCUGUCCGGGAUUUGGCAGCGCCUUGGGAGAGACGGCUGUGUUGGCCUCGGGAACAGCUCGGCAUCUGCAGCGAUUACACAUUUUGAUCAGUGACAGUCUGACCGAGGGACAAUCCCUCAAUCGAUUACUUCGCAUGGGAGUUCACACAUUGCUGGCUGUUCCACAGUAUUUCAUCAACGACAAGUUCCUGGUGGAUGUCAUGGAUGGCAGGAUUGGGGUGAAUGAAUACAAUUGCGCCUAUUGGAGAUUGCAGGACAAAUACGCCGGAGUGCAGCCGCCCAUUUGGCGUUCCGAAAAGGACUUUGACAUGGACUACAAAUUCUAUCGCGGCAUGAAUCCAGAUACUUCCAAUACCAGGAAAUUCAUUUCGGAAAUUCUGGGCUUUCAAUUCUACCGAUCCUUUUGCCUGGCGAGCGGUCAAUACAAACCGGGGGAUUCCAUGUAUCCUCUGCACAACUGCGAUUUCAAUAACAGCACGGAGGCCGGCAAUUUGAUACGUGAAAUGAUGCAACUGGGCGCCACAAGACAUUGGCGCGAUAUUAUGCAAAUUGCAACGGGAGAACGCAGGUUGAGUGGACGUGGAGUUUUGGAAUACUUUGCACCACUCUUUACCUGGUUAAAGGAACGUAAUAUGCAGCUGGAUAUUGAACCCGGCUGGGAUGCAGAUGAAUUGUGUCGUAAGGAAUAGCAUUAAUCGUAAAGAUAUUGAAUACGAUCUGUCUAAUCUUAUCCUUACUUAUUGUUAUAAUCAAACAAAUCUGUAAUAAAACAGUCUACACUUCAACAAGAAGGA